UCUCUCUUUCUCUGUAACAAUUCCAUUUCAGAAAAAUCUUCAAAAUUCACAAAACUGCAUUUUUCUGAAAAAAUUAUCACAUUCUCAUUUUCUUGGAAAAUAAAAAAGCAAUUCCCAGAAUCAAUUCACCAAUUCACUAAAAUUGUUGAUAAAGGUGGUCCAAAAUGUCUAAACCUCAUAACGAUCCUCUUCCGCCAACUGAAACAACAUGUGGAUUACUUCUUCAAGAACUUCAGAUAAUAUGGAAUGAAGUUGGGGAGUCGGACACUGACAAAGAUAGGAUUAUGUUUGAGAUUGAUCAAGAGUGUCUAGAAGUAUACAGAAGAAAAGUAGAUACAGCUAAUCGCUCUAGAGCUCAAUUAAGGCAGGAAAUUUCUGAUUCCGAAGCAGAACUUACAAUUAUCUGUUCAGCAAUGGGAGAGCGACCGGCACAUAGUAGACAGUCUGAUGAAAAGGCUAGAAGCUUGAAGGAAGAGCUAGCAAUGAUUCUCCCGGAGCUGGAGGAAAUGCAAAAAAGAAAGUAUGAGCGUAGAAAGCAAUUCAUAGACGUUCAAGAGCAGAUUCAAAGCAUAUCAAAUGAGAUUUAUGGUCCAGGAGAGAACGUCUCAUUCAUCGUAGAUGAAACUGAUCUAUCGUUGAGGAAACUUGAAGAAUUGCACAGACAACUUCAUACACUUCAAAAGGAGAAGAGUGAUCGUCUGAAGAAGGUCCAAGACCACCUAUACAGUUUAAGUUCUCUCUGUUCAGUACUUGGUUUGGACUUUAAGCCGACAGUUAGUGAAAUCCAUCCUAGUUUAGGAAAUUCUGAAGGACCUAAGAGUGUAAAUAAUGAUACCAUCGGGCAAUUGGCUUUAGCUAUACAAGAACUGCGGGAUGUUAAAUUGCAGAGAAUGCAAAAGCUCCAAGAUCUAGCAACAACGAUGUUGGAGCUCUGGAAUUUGAUGGAUACACCAAUUGAAGAGCAACAGGCGUUUCAGAGUGUUACUUGUAAUAUAGCAGCUUCAGAACAUGAAGUAACUGAAACAAACUCCUUGUCUGAUGAAUUCAUUAAUCAUGUGGAGGCAGAAGUAUCUAGAUUAGAGGACUUAAAAUCAAGCAAAAUGAAAGAGCUUGUUUUGAAGAAAAGAGCAGAGCUAGAGGAGAUUUGUCGAAAGACUCAUUUGAUUCCACAAAUUGAUGGUGCGGUCGAAUAUACUAUUGAAGCUGUAGAGUCUGGAUCUGUAGACCCUGCAUGUGUGCUUGAACAAAUUGAACUACAGAUUUCUCAAUGCAAAGAGGAAGCUUUUAGUAGAAUAGAAAUACUCGAAAAGGUUGAGAAAUGGUUAUCAGCAUGUGAUGAAGAAUCUUGGCUUGAGGAAUACAGCAGGGAUGAAAAUCGAUACAAUACUGGUAGAGGUACUCAUCUUAAUCUCAAACGAGCUGAGAAAGCCCGUGUUUUGGUGAACAAACUUCCAGCAAUGACAGAUAAAUUGACUUCAAAAACUGUAGCAUGGGAAAAGGAUAAAGGCACUGAGUUCAUCUAUGACGGUGUCGGUCUGCUUUCUAUGCUUGAAGACUACAUCUUAUUACGGCAAGAGAAGGAGCAAGAACGACGUAGACAACGGGGUCUGAAGAAACUUCAGGGACAACUGAUAGCCGAACAGGAAGUGUUAUAUGGGUCUAAAUCAAGCCCUUCAAAGCCACAGAGUGCAAGAAAAGCGCCUAGGACGCCAAAUGGAAGUUCAGCUAGUAGAAGAGUUACCUUCGGAGGAUCAACACUAAAACCUGAUUCAAAAGCUACUCAAUCAAGCUCCACGAGGAAGACUGACAAAUUGCGCCAAAUUGAUCAAACAAAUUACCUAGACGAUGGCAUUUCAUGUUUAUCAUCAGAUAGAAGAGGACUUGAUAUUGCUGGAAUUCCAAUGAGAAAAUACUCAAUAGGUGCUGGAAUUGUUCGGGAUAUUGAAUCGCCUUUGACACGACAUCCUUUUACGACCAUCUCUUCGACAGUAUUAUCACAAGAGAAUGUGGAAAAUGCUGCAGAUGAAUUGAAUGUGCAGAAGCAUAAUUUGCAGAAAACAUUGCCAAUUAACAAUUUUCCAUUCACUAAUACCUCAAAGAUAGAGACAGUGAUAGAUGAAGAGAAUAGAACUCUAAAGGCAAUGCCUAUUCCUAUGAAUAUGUCCAAGACUCCAGCUCCUUUUGGAGGUGACUUGGUUCAAGAGAUUGAAUAUUCAUUUGAGGAAAGAAGGCUUGGUUUUGUGUUAGCAUGACAUUAUGAUUUGGUUUUCAGUAUGUUAUAGUGAUGUAAAAUUCAAAUGUAAUUAGCUUCCAGAUUUUUUGUAUAUACAUAGUCUUCCAAGAUUUUCAGUUUUGCAAUCUAAAUAGAAAUCAUCUACCAUUUUCUGUCUGA